UCCAAUUAAGUGACUCAUGUCCAGGUUUCUGUCCAAUAGGAUUUCCCAUUAAAUAUCAAUUUAGGGGAAAAAAAUUCCAUCCCCCUUCCUAAGCCUUUAUCUCUUCCACCAUCUCCAGGCUGAAUCAAUUGGUACCAGGAGAGCCCAGAAGCCACACACGCAUCUCUGCCUCUUUGCUCUGGCUCUCCCACCCUCUUCCCGUCUUUCUCUGCUUCCUUGUCACUGUUACUCCAGGAGACGUUCACUUUUCACCAACCUUUCUCCAAGCAUCUCCAAGCCACUGACUAUAUAUAUUUUGCUACAAGAGACCUAGAAGAGGAAAAAAGGCACGAGACUUUUCAACACAUCGUUUAAAAAAAUCAUCAACGAAUUUCUUGAAAUGUUUGAGAACAAUUAAAAGGAAAAAGCGUUUUUUAAAAAAUCUAUCAACUAAGUGAACAAUCAUUCAUAUCGUCUACAUCCUGAGAUAUUAUUGUCCCUCGCUGCGGACACCAGCGAGAUGACAGCUGCUUUUUCAUUUUUGAAUGUAAUAAAUAUUUGCUGCUUUUAAUAUUUUCCGGAAUCUCCCCUCGCUAUUCCUUGGAAUUUUAACUCUAAAGAUUGGAGAACAGAUUAUCAAAAAGGCUUUUGCAAGCCUCCAAAAUGAUGCUGAGUCCGGACCAAGCAGCAGAUUCGGACCAUCCCAGCUCGGCGCACUCGGAUCCGGAGUCCCUGGGCGGCACGGACACCAAGGUGCUCGGCAGUGUGUCGGACCUGGAGCCGGUGGAGGAGGCCGAGGGCGACGGCAAGGGCGGCAGCCGGGCCGCGCUCUACCCGCACCCGCAGCAGCUGAGCCGCGAGGAGAAGCGCCGCCGCCGGCGCGCCACGGCCAAGUACCGCUCGGCCCACGCCACCCGCGAGCGCAUCCGCGUGGAAGCCUUCAACUUGGCCUUCGCCGAGCUCCGCAAAUUGCUGCCCACGCUGCCCCCGGACAAGAAGCUCUCCAAGAUCGAGAUCCUGCGCCUGGCCAUCUGCUACAUCUCCUAUCUCAACCACGUCCUGGACGUGUAGGGCGGGGUGCGCCGGGGGGGGCCGCCUGUCCCGGCGUCCGCGAAACGCUACGGAUCCGGACGGGCGCCGUCGAUCGGGUGGCGGAGGCUGCGGUGGCCCAGCGAGACGGCCGCCUCGAGAGACGGCCGGGGAAGAAGCUCGCUACCUGUUCUCUCUGGUCAGCAGGGCGACGAGGGAAGGUUUCCGACGCAGGCAGGUGGGGUUGUCUGGCGAGCCCGGGGGCUCGCAGGGGGGAUUUUCCAGGCCAGGAGAACCUCGUGGAGACACCCGAGAUGAGCCACUUCUGGGGCUCCCCAAGGGUUGUGGUUUUAACCCACUGGAGACUUUGAGUUCUCCUACAUUCAUACGCCACAAAUCUUAAUGUGUUGAAAGAAUGAGGGCAGAAGUUCAGAGUAUGCAGGCUCAUAACUUUAGGCUAUCUGGAAUUUUUCUAAUGGACAAAUCACCAAACACUGGGAAGGAGGAGAGAGGAGGGAUCUCUCCCAUAGAGAUGGAAGGCACAGAAAGGUGCGACUGGAAACUUUCCUUUCUGUUGUGAAAAUAAAGAUUAUAUUAGAAUCCAAAUAAACCCUGAAUAUUUAGUAAGUUUAAAAAGACAAAUUGAGAACAAGUAGACACACUGUGGGAGGAUCUGAGCUUGGUGAUAUUUUAUCCCCAAGAUAUGACACCAAGGUAGACAGGAAAAUCCAUAUUUAAAUGGAAACUUUAAUAUCUGAUUACUUUUGCAGGCGAAGUGCCCCUUUAUAUAUCCAAAAACAUCUAUUUGUGACCUUAAACAUGUGGACCCAUAGGUGCAGUUAGAAAAAGACAACCUAUUUUUAUUUAUGUUAGAAGGAGUAGAGUAUUUUUUUCAAGACAUUUAUUUUUCAGAGUGGUGAUACUUUUACUUUGGAUACUCUGUGCCAAUUUAUUUAUAGUCAAGUGUUUACACUUUUUCCUGUGGAAUAAUUAUGUCUAACUUUUUACGUGUUUGUUGAGAUUAUACUGUGGUCUUUCUUUCUGCUCUAAUUAUAUUGCACUUGUAUAACAAAUUUCCCACUUCUCCCUGUUUCUAAACAUAUUUUAUAUAUUAAGAUGUUUGUUCUUGAAAGGUUCUUUUGUUGUGAGAUCAGCAACACUAGCACUUCACUAUUAUAGUUUUUUAAAAAGUGUAUUAUUCUUAUCUGUAGUUAUGUCUGAGAAGUCCUUUACAAGCUGUUUAUAAGGAGAGUAGCUUCUUUCUGUGUGUGAUGUUUGUGCGUGUGAUGAAUUUAGCAAAUUAAGUUAUUUUCCUAAAAAAAAAGAAAAAAAGAAUUCAGAACUACUUUCCUCUGUGACACCAAAAAGAAAAGUCUAUAACCUGAAAAUGUUUCAUGUUCUCUGCUGUGAAACUCUUAAAACAAGGAGUGUAUUUUAGAGACAAGGGAAAAAAACCACAUCUGCUAUCCAAAGAUUUUAGUCUUUUUCAGGGUUUUUUUGUGUCUCUGUUGCUUUAUAUAAUGCAAUAUUUUGUAGUGAAAAUAGAUAUAAUCUGGUUUCUAUCUGACGAGUUUUUCAUAUCUCAUGAAUGGUGCGCUGUUUUGCAUAUAAAUAAAGGUAUCAAAUAAAGUCCUCUCUUUUAUUUUAA